AGAGCCCUCCCCUUCCAGCCUCCAAACUAUUUAGCAUCCCAAUCCGGGAUGAGGUUUCCAACAAAAAUUAGGAAAAACUUCCUGCGCGAGGAGAAGACAUGCCAAGCCGCACUCGGACGCCAGCAGUCGCCUUUUAAGUCAGCCCAGGGCGCGCGCGCGGAGGGCUUCGGCUUCUUUCCCCCCAGUCUUGUCGGAUACUUUUUUUUUUCUUCUUCUUUAUUUCGGAGGUGGUGGGGGGGUGAUCUUUUUGAUUCGUCACCACGGCUUCUAAGGUGGACGCCGCGUUCUCCUCGCUCCCCUUGCAUUUCUUCAAGCGAGAAAUGGAGGAGGGCUCGGGCUCCCCGGUGUCCCCCGCGGACAGCCUGGGCACCAGCGAGGAGGAGGCCGAGCGCCGGCCCAGCAAGCGCUGCGCCCGCAAGCGGCGGCCCAGCAAGAAGUCCGGCGGCGGCGACGACAGCUGCGGAAGCGGCUGCGGCGGCGGCAGCCCGGCGCCCCUGAAGCGCAGCAAGAAGCCCAGCCCCGGCGGCGGCGGCGGCGGCGGCGGCGCGAACGGCACCGCCGGGGCCCAAUCGUACGAGGAGCUGCAGAACCAGCGCGUGCUGGCCAACGUGCGCGAGCGCCAGCGGACGCAGUCCCUCAACGAGGCCUUCGCCUCCUUGCGCAAAAUCAUCCCCACGCUGCCCUCGGACAAGCUGAGCAAGAUCCAGACGCUCAAGCUGGCCUCGCGCUACAUCGACUUCCUGUGUCAGGUGCUGCAGAGCGACGAGAUGGACAACAAGAUGUCCAGCUGCAGCUACGUGGCCCACGAGAGACUCAGCUACGCCUUCUCCGUGUGGAGGAUGGAGGGCGCCUGGUCCAUGUCCGCCUCGCACUAAAAGGGGCCCGGCGCGAGCCAGGUGGGAUGCCAAAAAGACUGUCUCCAAAACCCAAACGGACUAUGGAAGAGCCCAUGACGUCAUUUGACGCGCUCACGAGAGACGAGGAGGCUGCGCGCGUGCGCGCUUGUCUGCAGACUGCACGAGCUGUCGUUGGGACGCUGUGACGGCAAAAGGCGAUCAGUAGGAUCGCCAUUUUUUUCUCUUUUUUUUUCCCCCUCUGAAGACUUUUUCCGGCAAAUUGUCGAUGUCGAAAUGAAUGCGUCGUGUACAUCAAUGUGUCCAAGUGCGCCGAUAGCCUGCAAAGGGACCGAGGCAAUCCCACACGUGGUCACCCUCGAGUCUUUUUUUUUUUUGUACAUUUUUGCUUAUUUAUUAAAACAUAUUUUUGAAGGAAA